UGUAACCAGCCAGCAACAGCAGAGACAGAAACCCCUGAAUCGUGGCAGAUUUGCCAAAGUUGAUGCGAUUCGGUAAAGGAACGGUGGGAGAGGUCUGGGCGGGGAGGAUCCCCCCAAGCGCAUAAUCUGGCAGCACUUGGAACAGUGCAUUUUUAUGAUCGGAUGAUCGUUAUACCUACAUUUAAUUUCGUUACAAAUUUAUUUUCUCUUCCAUUUGUCUUCAUUUUUCUAUUGGGUUGCAGGCCUAUAAUGUAGCCUAUAGCCUUGCUUGCGUUCAGUUCCAACCUUACUGCGCAAAACAGAUGCCAUAUUAGGACAAGGCCUACUCCAGCUAAGUAAACGGAUCUUCCAGGAUUUAUGAAUAUCUAUUUUGCAAUAUUUGCCUUCAUGGCACCUGUUGUUAUUGUUAUGAUAACGGUAGGGGUAUCAUGUGUAAUUCAUCGAAGGAGGCACAGUCGGAUUGAACGCUCGCUUCAAUGAUGGACGCUCUGGCUAACGAUGAUGCAUGCAGACAAAUCUCCCCCUCACCCCUCCUUAUGGCGGGGCAGAAAUCCCCCCCCCCCCUUUCAGUUUCUAUCCUCUCCGGGAGCAUCGCUCCGAUAACCAUGGAAGAAACCUUCCUAUCAUGGCGGCUAGAUUCCAGGUGAAGGAACAAACUAGAAUCACGACUCACUGUGCACAUGCUGUUUAUUCCUCAACCCUCAUGUGAAGAAGUAAGACCCUGUGAUAGAUUUUAUUAUCACAAAUCUGUUUUGAGGAUCACCAUCAGUCACAGACACCAUGGCACAGCCCACACCCCUGGAAGCAUCCCUGGGAGCCCUCAUCAUGGCAUUCCACAAGCACGCUGGCAGUGAAGAUGCCAAGACCCUCAGCAAGAAAGAGCUAAUCAACCUCAUCAAGGAGGAGCUGCCCAACAUAACUGGGAAGGGUGGUCCUGACGUGGGUGAGCUGAUGACAAUGCUGGACCACGACGGUGAUGGCGCUGUGGACUUCAAGGAGUACAUCACCCUGAUUGAAUCCCUUGCCUGCAUGUGCAACUGCUUCCUGGAAGGGAAACUGUAUCUUCUAUCUGCUUUCUACAGUGUAUUGCAUUAGGCCUACAUGUCACAUUAAUAAUGUCUCAUAUCUCAUUGAGUAAAUUGGAUACACGCCUUCCUCGGUGUCCACACGCAUGCCCGUAUGCACACAUAGACGCAAAGAGUUGCAUACCUCUGCAACAAUUAUAAGACUGAUCCUCAAAUACAUGCACCCAGAUGGAUUCUCUUGUCAGAAAUUGGCUCAAUUGGUAGUGCAUGGCGCUUGCUACGCCAGGGUAGUGGGAUUGAUUCCUGGUACCAUCCAUACGUAAAAUAUAUGCAUGACUAAGUCGCUUUGGAUAAAAGCGUCUGCUAAUUACAUAUAUUAUUAUAUGAUAGGCUGUUAAGAUCUAAGGAAUGCUGCUAAACAGAGCAUGUGAGAUAGUUAACAGGGUGUGUAGGCUAUAUGUAGGCUUAUGUAUUUACUGUGUUAUGCAUGUACAGUAAUUCAAUCAGUCUGUUUGGAAUUAUUGAUAUGUUUUGUCUUUGUUGCUAAUAAAUGGGCAAAAGACCCAACCAAA